GAUGUAGACCCCUGAUUACUAUGCGCUAGAUAUCCACCUAAGUACUUAGGCAGAGGUGCCAAGCUUUGCAUUUUCUAUAUCGGGUUGCUUAGCCGCAGAUCAAAACUGGUCCGGCGGGAUCAUGCCGAACGGUGCAGGUAGUCUUAGACUUAGGAAUAUGAUUAUAUCGACAUAAAUUUCCUUCUGAAGAUGAAUUUGUGUGCUUUACUGCUUCUACCACCUGAAAUACUAUACCUGGGUAUCUUCCAAUAUCUUUCAAGUCCUCUUUCAUAUAAUCAUCCUGUUCAGAGGUAAAUAUCGUGAAACUGCACCGUCAUGCUAGCAGAUCGGGUGAGCAGAACGAGUUGCAAUCCAUCUCGAGAAAAUUCAAAUUCUGCCAAUCGCGCUAAGAACGGCACGAAGUUGGUCUGGGUUUCUGACCUAGGCGCCUCGCAGAACGCGAUCAAGUCUCAUGUCGCAAAAGCAACACACGCAGAAGCUAGGAGGAGACGUGUUAUCGAGUACCAAAACCAGAGACGGGCCAAAAUAUCCAUUAACGCCGAUACACUUGAGCGAAGACCACCACCGACUAGCGCUGUACCUAGAAACUUGGGAUGUCAAUUUGGAAUUUCAGUAUCACAAUUCGAGCGCUUCCUUGUAGGCCACUAUAUACACACAAUUAUCGAUCAUACUGGUAGACAUUCUCAUUUAUACCAUUCUGCAGCUAUGCAGGAUUGGAUCCCGACCGCAAUUGGGGACCAUGGUAUGAGAAUGGGCCUGUUCCUCUGUGCUUGCCGUAGCCUCUAUCUUCGCACUGGUAUUCCUCGCUAUUACCAAUAUGCUCUGCAGUAUAAGGCGAUUUGCUUGGGCAUUUUGGGCCAAGCAGUCAAGGCGAUGCUCGAGAUUACGGAGGUUAAAUCCGUGAAAGAAGCGACAAUUUCGACUGCGCUGCAACUCGCUUCGGAUGGAUUUGCGACGGGGGAUUUUACUGCGUGGAAGAGUCAUAUUGACGCUAUAGAUCAAAUGGUCGGAUUAAAUGGUGGAUUAAGAAAUGUUACAGGAAUGAAUGGAUUUUUAAGAAAGAUGAUAGAAGCACUUGUGGCGAAGCAUGAACGGAAUCAAGUAUUAACGAUCAAGGUGAAUAGGGAAAACGUCACUCAGAUAUAUACGAUGGAGUACUUUUUUAGUUGUUCGAAUAUCUGUAUAACGUAGAGAAUUGAAGCUGUUACAUACCUAGGUACCUACCAGGGUAAUUAUUAAUAUGAAUGGUCUCGACUAUGACGUUUCAGGUUAAUGCUUAGCAAGUCUGGUACCUAGUCAAAACAACAAUAAGCCACUGUCAACUUCUUGUAA